AUGAAUUCUGAAAUCUCUGACGGUGUCGCCGAGGAUUUCCGGCAGGCUCUUCUCGAUCUUACCAUGAAUUCGAGAUAUGAAAUCAGCAAUCUAACAGUCAUCGCAAGGGAGAAUACAGAACACGCGUACGCCAUUUCGGAAGCUCUCAAGCUUCAUAUUAAACAGACCUCUCCUCAGAAGAAACUUCCAGCCUUCUAUGUCCUCGACUCGGUGGUGAAAAAUGUCGGAACACCCUACACCAUUUUCUUAUCCCGUGGACUUUACUCUACCUUUAUGGAGGCAUACGCCCUUGUGGAUACAAACGUUCGACGGAAGAUGGACGAGAUGUUGAAGACAUGGAAAGAGCCAGUCCCCGGUGCUCUCGACACUAGACCAGUCUUUCCUCGUGAUGUGACAGGACCCAUUGAGAAUGCUUUAAUCAAAGCCAGGACAUCUGCUGUCCAGGCUCAUAAUGAAUAUCUUCGAAGCCAGCAACAGAAUCGGCCGCGCUCAGCAGUGCCAAACAUCCCGCCUCAUCGAGACACCCCGACACCUCCCGCUACAUACAGGCAAGCUGCCCCACCUACCACACAGAAUCCGCCAAAUACAUAUCAAAGCUCCCAAAACAGUUAUCGACAGCCGUCUCAGCCAUCUAUGCCUACUCCCCCAACUUCAUUUCGGCCACCUCCACCAGCAGUCUCGACACCGCCAGUAAAUUAUGCCUUGGCUGCCCAUCAGCCAAACAGCUAUGGCGGGACUGCUCAACCACCUGUUCCAACUCAUUAUGGAUUGCCAGUCCAGCCGCCUCCAUCUAACAGCUCAAAUUCAGCUCCACCACAGCUUCCGCCGUCUAUGCUGAUGGAGCUGCUUCGUGCAUCAGGAAGAUUACCUCAAAUGCCUAUGCCUCCAGCUCCGCCAGUAAACAUUCCCACCCCUCCAUUAAACUCGGCUUCAGGAUUCCCGCCACCCUUUGGAGCCGUGCCUCCCCCCUAUAUUAAGCCUCCUCCAGUUGUAAACACGCCUCCCUUUGUUGGCGCCACACCUGUCGCAAGAGUACCUCUAGCGGAGUUGCCGAACGAUGUUGUGUUCUCAGAUCCCCACUCUCUAAAAUUACCGCGACCGCAUCUCAUAUCGCGUCUCUACGAAAAGCUUGGGACUGCUUGCACUCAAUGCGGUCGCCGCUUCCCGACUGACGAAGCAGGUAAGAAGAAGAAGGCUGAUCACAUGGAUUGGCACUUCAAAGUACAUUCUCGCAUGAGGGACGCAGAGAGAACUGGGCAACACCGCAGCUUAUAUGUGGACGAAUUUGAUUGGAUUAAAUCUCGUGAAGUAGAAGGAGACGAGGUUGCUGCGAAGGCAAAUGGUAUAAAUGGUGCUGGCGCCGCUAGCUCUAGCUUAGAUAGCAAACCAGAGCUGCAAUUCCUCCCUGUGCCUGACGAUCCAGUAUUGGCUAGUAGCCAUUGUCCUAUUUGUCAAGAAAAAUUUGAGACUAAAUGGGAUUAUAACGUGGAUGAAUUCGUUUGGACAGACGCGCGGAAGGUUGGCGAGCGGAUUUUUCAUGCCAGUUGUUAUGCGGAAGCAGCUAAGGACUUGAAUUCCCUAUUGAAGAGGAAUACACCAGAGCCAGUUCUUGGGAAAAGAAAAGCCGAGGAGGAUCACAUUGCUUUGAGAUCUAAGAUCAAGACAGAGCCGACUUAUUGA